UGUAUACAAGAGUCUUCUCCCCUUUUGUGUUGUCUCACAAUGAGCAUCUCAUUGUAUCCUCGUGAGUAUGAUGAAAAAGACGGAUUUGAGAAGAAAUUCCUAAGCCAAGGCUUUCUCAGCCUGCUCCGACACUUCCGAGAUUCUUCUUACAUUCUUGGGCAAAGUCUUGCCAGCUGAUUCUCCUCUGCGAAAAGGAACCUUAAUUUAACAGAACCUCACAGAAGACAAACCCCCAAGUUUUCUUCAUUUCAGAAAAAAUGCAUCUCUCCCUUUCAUCCAGACUCACAAACUCAAUCACAGCAUCAAGAUCCAACCACCCAAGGCACAACUUCAAUCACCCUCGCACUACCACAACCCAUCUCCACAAUCUCUUCAUCCCCGACAAAACCCGGCUUCACAAUCCCCCUCCAUCGUUGACCAAAAGACCGAUCUUUACCUUGAAAACCCAGAAAUCCACUUCAGUCUUAAACUGCGCAGACCCUAGCGAGUCUCUGCAUCUUUCACGACCUUCACAAACUCGAGAACAGACCCAGAAGAAGAGCUUUUGGGGAGCUGUCAGUUUGAUCGUGGGCACGGCAGUGGGACCAGGAAUGCUGGGCCUCCCUGCUCUCACCAUCAAGUCAGGUCCAUUCCCUUCAACCAUUGCUAUUUUAUUAUCAUGGCUUUAUGUUGUGUCCUCCAUAGUACUUGUUGCAGAGCUCACUUUUGCAGCCAUGGAGGAAGAUGGGGUUGUGGAGGUGAGCUUCACUGGCCUUGCUACUAAGGCCUUGGGGAAUAGUUUUGGGGCUCUUGUGGCCAUUGUGUAUGCUUCCCUAAGCUUUUCUUUGGUGGUGGCAUGUGUUUCUGGGAUUGGUUCCAUUGUCUCUCAGUGGUUCCCAUGGAUGGAUGUUGCAUUGGCCUUUGGGCUGGUCCCUCUGGCUGUUGGGGUCGUCAUUGGUUUCUUCCCCUUUUAUGUAAUCGAUGCUGCAAAUAGGCUCCUGUGCUUUGUCAUGCUCAUGUCUAUAAGUACACUAGUGGGGAUUGGUAUGUCUGUGGCUAGGAGUAAUGUGAUUGCAUCCUUUUCUCAUGCCUCUUGGAGCAUGUCAUCAAUUUUGCCGGCCAUACCAGUUAUGGUACUGACGCUGGGGUUCCAUGUGAUCACCCCUUUCAUUUGCAAGAUUGCCGGGAAUUCGGUGCGUGAUGCUAAGAAAGCUAUACUAAUUGGUGGGUUCAUUCCAUUGAUUAUGGUUCUUUCAUGGAAUUUGAUUGUUCUGGGGCUUUCUGGGACUAAUCCCGCUGCUUCACCUGGAGAUCCCAUAUCCCUUUUGCUGUCUGUGAAGUCCUCUGCUCUGUCAGCAGUUCAAGGUUUUGCCUUUUCUGCUCUUGCUACUAGCUUGAUAGGCUAUGCUGUAAGUUUCCCAAAGCAGCUCGUUGAUACCCUAGACUUGAUUUUCCAAAACAACCAAGGGAAAAAUUUGAGUCCUGCUCUGAUAAUCUGUGAUGGAAAUGGAGCUGGCAGAGUUGGUUCUCUAGGUUAUUCGAGGUUGGAUUAUGUUGGUAAUCCCGGAAUCAUCUCAUUUAGUAGAUUACAACAUUCAUCAGCUCCAGAAAGUUAUGCAAUGUCAAGCAUAAGGGCAUUUGAUUCCAUUGAAGUUCUUGUAUUGCCAGUGGUACUUGGUGCCUCGGUUCUUAUAGCAUCCUUCUUUCGCUCAACUUUUUCAAGAGCACUUGAUUUUGCUGGGGUAUAUGCUAACUGUUUCCUAUUUGGCAUCCUUCCUCCAUUGAUGGCAUACAUUCAGCAAUCCAGGAGGAAGCUCAGGUUGGAGAUUCUACCAGGAGGAAAUGUUGCUCUUCUGUUACUCUUUAUUAUUGCUGUUGUUCUGGGAAUUUGGCAUUAAGCAUAUCUAGUCAUGCCAAACCAGAGCCUUAUUGUGACUGAAUGUGAAGUUUCAUCGAAGAAUUGAUUUCGUAAAUGAGCACCCUCAGAGCAUUUGUUAAGUAACAAAAUAGCAAUCUAAUUAAGUACCUUGAAGAAAUGGUCUCAGUCUCAGGACAGGACACUCCCUAAGUCGACUCUGAUUAUAUAUGUCGAUUGCAUCAAGGGAAAUAAGAACUGAGAUGAGAUAUACUAGUCUCUGUUGAGACGCCGAACAUCUCAUCUUAUCUCUGAGCUUCGUUGAAGCGUUGUUGAGUCUCUCCAG